ACCAACCGAUUCAUUAUACAUGCAAACUCCAAAAUUUCCCAGAAAACAAAAUGCUUUUCAAAGCUUUGCUUGUGUUCUUCCUUCUCCUCUUCCCAUUUUGCACAUCCAUUGACACCAUAGCAGUGAACCAGCAUGUGAAAGAUGGUGACUUUAUAGUGUCCAAAGAAAACAACUUUGAAUUAGGCUUCUUCAGCCCCGGCAAUUCGAGCUCUCGCUAUGUUGGAAUUUGGUAUGCUAAUAAGUCUGACAAGGCAGUGGUUUGGGUUGCAAACAGAAACAACCCCAUCAAUGAUACCUCUGGCGUCCUCACCAUCAACAGGUAUGGAAAUUUGGUUAUUUAUGCGCACGAUAUUGACAGCUUUUCUAUUUGGUCCGCAAAUGUGUCUCUUCAAACCACAAGCACUUGUGUAGCUCAGCUUUUAGAUACAGGAAAUUUAGUGCUUUUCCCGGAUAGUAUUAGUAAAAGUGAAAGCUUUAUGUGGCAGAGUUUUGAUUACCCUACAGAUACUCUACUUCCCGGAAUGAAAGUUGGGUUGAAUUGGAAAAUUGGGUUUGAAUGGGUCUUAACAUCUUGGAAGUCCCAAAAUGACCCUGGAACUGGGAACUAUAGCUUGAGGCUCUUUUCAAACCAGACUGCUACGCCCCAAUAUUUUCUGUAUAAGGGUGUGAGCAAAUAUUGGAGAAUUGAUCCAGGGCCGUGGCCCGAUUUUGUGAGUAGUAAUGAAGAAAUGUAUUAUUUGUUUGUGACUGAUAACACCUCUGUAAUUAGAUGGGUGUUGACGGAUUAUGGGUUAAAUCAACAACUGAGAUGGAGCGACGCUGUUAAUCAAUGGGAGGAACUAUGGGCUGCACCAAAAUACCGGUGUGACCAAUAUGGACAGUGUGGUGCCAACAGCAAAUGUAGCCCUGACAACGUUAAUAUGUUUGAGUGUGAGUGUCUACCAGGGUACGAACCAAAAUCUUUGAAUGAUUGGAACAGGAGAGAUGGGUCAGAGGGGUGUGUGAGUAAGCGAAUUGGGCUGCCAAAAUGUGGGAAUGGGGAAGGGUUUGUGAAGGUGGCACGGGUGAAAGAGCCAGACACAACAAAAGCAGCACAAUUGUUGACAAGUAUUAGUGCCAAUCAGUGUGAGCAGGUGUGCUUAAGUAAUUGUUCCUGCACCGCAUAUAUGAGCAUAGAAUGGGAAGGCCGCAUUGAUUGCUUGGUAUGGUACGGUGAAUUGCUGGACAUUUUAGUCCGCACAGAGCUAGGACAAGAUCUGUAUGUUCGUGUGGAUAAAAUGGAAUUAGCUGAGAAUACCAGAAAAUCGAAAGGUUUUCUCAAAAGGAGGGUUUUGCUGGCUAUUCUAAUAGUGGCUGUUCUUCUCGCAUUGGUACUAAUCAUUGUGUUUGCCUGCUGGUGGCUUAAUAAAAAGAGGAAGAUAAAAGACUUUGUGGAGGCAGAUGAACUUGAGGAAAGUAGGAGACACCCAGAGCUGCAAUUUUUCCAUCUGAGUGCAAUAAUAGCAGCUACAGACAACUUUUCUCCUGUCAAUAAACUUGGCCAAGGUGGUUUUGGCAUUGUUUAUAAGGGUCAGCUACCAAAUGAUCAGAAGAUUGCUGUAAAAAGACUCUGCAAAAGUUCAGGACAAGGAAUUGAAGAAUUCAAAAAUGAAGUUGCUCUGAUAGCCAGACUUCAACACAGGAAUCUUGUGAAACUUUUAGGAUGCUGUAUACAGGGAGAGGAAAGGAUGUUAGUCCUUGAAUACUUGCCAAACAAAAGCUUGGACUUCUUUGUUUUCGAUCACUCAAGAAGGUCCUUGUUGGAUUGGAAAAAGCGGUUUGAAAUUAUCAAUGGGGUUGCCCGUGGGGUUCUGUAUCUUCACCAGGAUUCAAGGCUUAGGAUUAUCCACAGGGAUCUAAAAACCAGCAAUGUUCUUCUAGAUGCUGAGAUGAACCCAAAAAUUUCAGAUUUCGGAAUGGCAAGAAUAUUCCAUGGGGACCAACUGCAGGAUAAAACCAACAGAGUUGUUGGAACAUAUGGAUAUAUGUCACCAGAGUAUGCAGUGUUUGGAAGAUAUUCAACCAAAUCAGAUGUCUUUAGUUUUGGGAUUGUAUUAUUGGAGAUUGUGAGUGGCAAGAAAAAUAAUGGCUCUUAUCAAGAGGACCAUUCCAUGAAUUUGAUAGGAUAUGUUUGGCAGCUGUGGAGAGAAGACAGAGCCUUAGAAAUUGUGGAUUCAUUACUAGAGUCAUAUCAUUCUGAUGAAGUCACAAGAUGUAUUCAAGUCGGGCUCUUGUGCGUGCAAGAAGACUCGAAGGACCGACCAACCAUGUCAGCCGUUGUGUUUAUGUUGAGUGGUGAAGCAUCUCUACCAUCUCCUCAGCAGCCUGCAUUUGUCUUCAGAAAAAGUUCCUGUCUGCAUUUAUAUUCGGUUAAUGACUUGACAAUAACCAAAGUUGAAACUUUGCUUGUCUUCUUCUUCCUCUUCCCAUUUUGCUCAUCCAUUGACACCAUAGCAGUGAACCAGCAGGUGAAAGAUGGUGACUUUCUAGUGUCCAAAGAAAGCAACUUUGAAUUAGGCUUCUUCAGCCCCGGCAACUCGAGCUCUCGCUAUGUUGGGAUUUGGUAUGCUAAUAAGUCUGAAAAGGCAGUGGUUUGGGUUGCAAACAGAAACAACCCCAUCAAUGAUACCUCUGGUGUUCUCACAAUCAACAGGUACGGAAAAUUGGUUCUUUAUGCUCACAAUACUGAGAACCUUUCUAUUUGGUCCACAAAUGUGUCGGUCCAAACCACAAGCAGUGUAGCUCAGCUUUUAGAUACAGGAAAUUUAGUGCUUUUCCAGGAUAGUAAAAGUGAAAGCUUUGUAUGGCAAAGUUUUGAUUAUCCUACAGAUACUCUACUUCCAGGAAUGAAAGUUGGGUUGAAUUGGAAAAUUGGGUUGGAAUGGGUCUUAACAUCUUGGAAGUCCCAAAAUGACCCUGGAACUGGUAACUAUAGCUUGAGGCUCUAUUCAAACCAGACUGCUACGCCCCAAUAUUUUCUGUACAAGGGUUUGACCAAAUAUUGGAGAUGUGAUCCAGGGCCAUGGCCCGUUUUUGUGAGUAAUAAUGAAGAAAUGUAUUAUUUCUUUUCAACUGAUAACACCUCUGUAAUUAGAUCGGUGGUCACGGAUUAUGGGGUAAAUGAACAACUGAGAUGGAAUGAUGCUGUUAAUCAGUGGGAGGUACUCUUUGCUGCACCAAAAUACAGGUGUGACCAAUAUGGACAGUGUGGUGCCAACAGCAAAUGUAGCCCUGACAAUAUUAAUAUGUUUGAAUGUGAGUGCCUACCGGGGUAUGAACCAAAAUCUUUGAAUGAUUGGAACCGGAGAGAUGGGUCAGACGGGUGUGUGAGCAAGCGAAUUGGGGUGUCAAACUGUGGGGAUGGGGAUGGGUUUGUGAAGGUGGCACGGGUGAAAGAUCCAGACACAUCGAAAGCAGCACAAUUGUUGCCAAAUACUAGUGCCAAUGAGUGUGAGCAGGUGUGCUUAAGCAAUUGUUCCUGCACGGCAUAUAUGAGCAUAGAAUGGGAAGGCCGCAUUAAUUGCUUGGCAUGGUUUGGUGAGUUGUGGGACAUUUUAGUACACACGGAGCUAGGGCGAGAUCUAUAUGUUCGUGUGGACAAAAUGGAAUUAGCUGAGAAUACCAGAAAAUCAAAAGGUUUUCUCAAAAGUAGGGGCUUGCUGGCUAUUCCAAUGGCGGCUGUUGCAUUGGUACUAAUCAUUGGGUUUGCUUGCUGGUGGCUUAAGAAAAAGAGGAAGAUGAAAGAUUUUGUGGAGGCGGAUGAACUUGAGGAAACUAGGAGACACCCAGAGCUGCAAUUUUUCCAUCUGAGCGCAAUAAUAGUAGCCACAGGCAACUUCUCUCCUGUCAAUAAACUUGGCCAAGGUGGUUUUGGCACUGUUUAUAAGGGUCAGUUAGCAAAUGAUCAGAAGAUUGCUGUAAAAAGAUUGUCCAAAACUUCAGGACAAGGAAUUGAAGAAUUCAAAAAUGAAGUUGCGCUGAUAGCCAGACUUCAACACAGGAAUCUUGUGAAACUUUUAGGCUGUUGUAUAAAGGGAGAAGAAAGGAUGUUAGUCCUGGAAUACUUGCCGAACAAAAGCUUGGACUCCUUUCUUUUUGAUCACACAAGAAGUUCCUUGUUGGACUGGAAAAAGCGCUUUGAAAUUAUCAAUGGGGUUGCUCGUGGGAUUCUUUAUCUUCACCAGGACUCAAGACUUAGGAUAAUCCAUAGGGAUCUAAAAACCAGCAAUGUUCUUCUAGAUGCUGAGAUGAACCCAAAAAUAUCAGAUUUUGGCAUGGCAAGAAUAUUCCAUGGGGACCAACUGCAGGAUAAAACCAACAGAGUUGUUGGAACAUAUGGAUAUAUGUCACCAGAGUAUGCAGUGUUUGGAAGAUAUUCAACCAAAUCAGAUGUCUUUAGUUUUGGGAUCAUAUUAUUGGAGAUUGUGGGUGGCAAGAAAAACAAUGGCUCUUAUCAAGAGGACCAUUCCAUGAACUUGAUAGGACACGUUUGGCAGCUGUGGAGAGAAGAUAGAGCCUUAGAAAUUGUGGAUUCAUCACUACAGUCAUAUCAUUCUGAUGAAGUCUUGAGAUGCAUUCAAGUCGGGCUCUUGUGCGUACAAGAAGAUUCAGAGGACCGACCAACCAUGUCAGCUGUUGUAUUUAUGUUGAGUGGUGAAGCAUCUCUACCAUCUCCUCAGCAGCCUGCAUUUGUAUUCAGAAAAAGUUCCCGCAGUGGUGGUUAUCUAUCAAGUUCACAAGGAUUAUAUUCUGUUAAUGACUUGACAAUAACUAAACUUGACGCUCGAUAAGGAUUCAGGCUCUUGUUUCCACAAUUAUCAAAAUGUUAUUUGUUUUAUUGACCUUCAUAUGACAUAUGUGGGCACUGCAUAUGCGCCCAUCACCUUAAUACAAAUUUCUAAACUAUCCAUUCUUGUGAACUUUAUGAAAGAGUGAUGAAUUUGGAGAUGCAACCUUUAGAUAAGCCA